UCGCUAAGACGCAUGAACUCAAAGAUAAUUCUUUCUCCCGUUCCACUAUUUUGUCCUCGAUUGUCUCUAGUUAUCUCCACCAUGAAGCGAGCCAUUGCCCUGAAUUUGAGUAUCUUAACUCUGGCCACAUCUCCAAAAACCAUUGAGGAGGAUGAUUCUCCCCUGGAUGUUCAGGAGCCAGUUAUUUCUGAGCCUGUCAGGCCUGCAAACAAACGCUUUGGGAUAAUCGAAUUCUAA